AUGUGUUUGUUAUUUGCAAUUAUUCUAUACUCACUUCUAUGUGUAAAAGUUAACAGUCAAGUCGGAAAAAUAGUUAAUCGCACAUCGGAAAUACAUGAUCUUCGAAGCUCAAAACAAGAUAAUGACCGCAGGGGAACGGUUACAAGAGAUAACACAACUAAACAUUCUCGGGAAAAAAAUGAAGAUUCACAUUCAAGUUCAAGUGGCGAUUUCGGAUUCCAAUCUUCACAACGAAAAUUCCAACUCAAAUACGCAAAUCAAAGAAGAAGUGAUAUUUAUACUACCGGUUACCAAACAUUCCUCGGAAAACGUAGACGAGGCAGUAAAUCACAUGUGAAAACCAUAUUCAGAAAACGUUCUGGCUACAAUCACAAUGGUCAAAAGAAACGAAGUUCCACAUUCGAAAGUUAUGGUGAGGCAGACAGUUUCGAUAGAAAGAAAAUACGUGAUGUGUUCGAUGUGAAUGGAUAUAUUUCGGAGGGUCGAAAGCGUAGUAAACUCGGUGGAUACAUCCAAGAAAAUCAACAUGCGUUUAUGUCAGGUGGACAUAAGUCGCAAGCUUCUCGAAAUGAUAUGAAAUCUAGUGAGGGCGGAAGUCACACUGAAAGUGACACUCGUGAUCAAAGUUCUAGUGGUCAACAUUGGGAAGAAAUUCAUAGGUUUGCAAACAGUACCCCACCGUGA